AGUUUCAAUCCCUCCACCAAAUUUUCUGCUGAUACUUUCCCCAUUAAGGGUUUUCCACAAGCUGGUUGAUGAAAAUGUCAAUGAGCUUGUGUGGAAACCUUUGAUGUUUUGUAUGUGAAUUGGUAUAAAUCGGGUUUAUUCGAAAAGGAAUGAUCAUUCGAUUGAAUAAGAAUGGAGCUUUAUACUGCAAAUUGUCUGUCCACCGAAAACAAACCUACUCUUGAGCUUUCAAAAUUAGUCAAAGAAGAGAAAAGCUCGGUGAAAACGAACAGCGAAAACACCCUUACACUUGUUAAUCAUGGUGCAAAGAUGUGGCAAGAGAACAGGGAAAAAUGGGUGGGAGAUCAAUCUGGACAAAGAAAAAACACUGCAAAGGAUCAGAUUAUAAGCUGGUCUACUACAUAUGAAGAUCUUCUCUCAACUCAUGAACCUUUCUCAGAGUCGAUUCCUUUACCCGAGAUGGUGGACUUUCUGGUCGAUAUUUGGUACGAUGAAGGCCUUUACGAUUAGAAGAGAAUCUAACAAUGCCACGAACUAGAUUGACAAAGAACAAAGGACAGAUUCAAUU